AGUGACAGCACAGUCCCGGGAGACAUGUUGGCUCUAAGGACACUGGCGGAGAGCCAACAUGGCCGCCUUUCAGUGUGUCAACAACAACAGCGUCAAGUUGAAGUGAGCUGGGAUUGAAUAUCGGCCUUUGGCUCUGUCUCCGCGGCCACAGUCUCCGGACCACCAGAAAAAAAAAUGAUUCGCAGUAGGGUUCCCGCGAUGUGUUGAACGUUAACCGGCCAACCAACGCGCCUCUAACCAAAAAAAGGCACAACAGAGCGGGGGAACUGCUCCCGACCUUUUGGACGAGCUGUGCUCGGAUUGGAGGCCAGUCGAUGACUGGGCGUAGCCUUAGGCUCCGUAGAGGAACGGGAUUACAUCGUUACCUGGGAGGUCAGACCUUGAGAUCUCAGACAGGUCCUAGUCGCUCUUCUCUGCACUAGGCAGCCUGACAGCCAUGUCCUCACAGCAGCCCAACAGCUCCGCCUCCAACAGUCCCACCUCCAUCCUGGGCUCCCCCUUCUCCGUCAUCAGCCCCUCUCUGGGCUCUCAGUCCGUCACGUCCUCCCUGGGCUUUGGACCCAUCAACAGCAGCCAGAUCAACUCGCCGGUGUCCGGGAUGCACGCCAUCAGCAGCUCUGACGACGUCAAGCCCCCGUUCGGCCUGCGGCCGAUGUCCGCCCACAGCCCCGGGAUCAUGCUGUCCCAGAAGCGCCUGUGUGCCAUCUGUGGAGACCGCUCCUCAGGGAAGCACUACGGCGUGUACAGCUGCGAGGGCUGCAAGGGCUUCUUCAAGCGCACGGUGAGGAAGGACCUGAGCUACACCUGCAGGGACAACAAGGAGUGUCUGGUGGACAAGAGGCAGAGGAACCGCUGCCAGUACUGCCGGUACCAGAAGUGCCUGGCCAUGGGCAUGAAGAGAGAGGUGGUCCAAGAUGAACGUCAGAAAUGUAAGGAAUUGAGAAAGGCUCUUGCGGUGCAGGAGGAGCGCCAGAGGAACCGUGAGCGUGAGGGCGAGCUGGAGUGCAGCAUGGCGGUGAACGAGGAGAUGCCCGUGGAGAAGAUCCUGGAGGCGGAGACGGCGGUGGAGCAGCGGACAGAGCUGCACUCGGACGGAGGCUCCGCCACCAGCUCUCCCCACGACGCCGUGUCCAACAUCUGCCAGACGGCGGACAAGCAGCUGUUCGCCCUGGUGGAGUGGGCCAAGAGGAUCCCCCACUUCAGCGAGCUGCCCCUGGACGACCAGGUCAUCCUGCUGAGAGCAGGAUGGAACGAGCUCCUCAUCGCCUCCUUCUCCCAUCGCUCCAUCGCCCUGAAGGACGGAGUCCUGCUGGCCUCUGAGCUGCACAGGGACAACGCCAUGCACAGCGCAGGAGUGGCAGCCAUCUUUGACAGGGAGAGCAUUCAGAGUGCAGAAGUGGGGGCAAUAUUUGACCGGGUUCUCACCGAGCUCGUCAGCAAAAUGAGAGAUAUGCAAAUGGACAAGACGGAGCUAGGCUGUCUCCGAGCCAUCGUCCUCUUUAACCCAGAUGCUAAAGGGCUGUCCAACACCGCUGAGGUGGAGCUCCUCAGGGAGAAGGUCUAUGCAUCACUGGAAGCCUACUGCAAACAGAAGUACCCCGAACAGCAGGGAAGGUUUGCCAAGCUCCUGCUACGCCUGCCCGCACUGCGUUCGAUUGGCCUGAAGUGCUUGGAGCAUCUGUUCUUCUUCAAGCUGAUAGGUGACACACCCAUCGACACGUUCCUCAUGGAGAUGCUUGAAGCGCCCCACCAGUUAUCUUAGGGAGGAGGUUCAGACGGGCUUUUGGGUGGAGCUGGAGUGGGACUGCACUUUUAUUCUUUUUUUGUUUUGUGGAUUUAACAAUUUGUCUCACUGCUGUCUGUGUCGGCCUAUUUUAGCGCCUCGCAGACGAGCUUUCUAGACCAAACGAUCUAUGAGCUGGUGUGGGGAACACCAGCGUACCGUACAUUAAAGUACUGCUCAUAUUAGGACAUCGUCAGUACUGGUGCUAUAUAUUGAAAAAAAAAAAAGAUUUCGGAAGUAAUUGAUGUAAAAUGUCUUUUUUUAAAUUGAAAAGAUUUGUUCCUUUACCGGAGCUAAAAUGUUGGUAUCCAUUUUUAUAACUAUGCUUUUUAGAAUCCCCAAAUGAUAAGCUUCAGUUUUUAAUUCCAUGGUCUUCAAAACCUGUUUUUAAAAGUAAGGUUGAGAUCAUGGGUAUGCAAUAAAGAUGUAGUUUUCCCCCUUUUUCACAAUUUGUAAUUCAAAUCAGAACUUGAGUGGGAGGGGGGAGGGGGGGGGGGUAAUUUUUCCUGUCUAAUCUCAGUAAAGUACUGACCUUACUGUACCAAACACUCUGUGUACUGUGUCUAAACAUAGCGCCUCGUGGAUUUGAUUCUGAGAUAAGAAACGCGUAACAUCGUGGCAGUAAACCUUGAGUCCACACGGAAGGAGGCCAGGCUAGUGUGGAGCUAGCUUUGUUCACUAGGGUUCCUUUUUUGUUGUUUUUUGCGCUUUUUUGUAAAUCUAAUCACUUUGCAGUUAAUGCAUAGACUGCACUGCACACUUGCUAUAUGCUAUUUUUAAAACAUACUAUUUUCGAAUGAUUGGCCAAAAAAUGGUCAGGUUUUGUACUUGGUGCUAUUCCAGAUUCACUCAUUCGGUGAGGCCAUUCACUCAACGACAAACAUAAAUUAUGCAAGAAAUUAAAUUCCCUCAAAUUUCUAAUUGAGCAGUUGAACCCGAACCCUGCAUCACGCAUCCCUCCAGUCCGCCUUCAGGGGUUUUACUAAGUAAAUCAUCGUCUGGUGGAAAGGGAAAAUUCAAUUUGUAAUUUAUAUACAAUUAUAUGGUACUGUGCAAAGAUUGUUCAGGGAAAAAAUGCUCUAUAUGAAUAGAUUUGGAUAAUGUGGUCAGGAGAUACAAAUUGUUAUUAUUGAUAUUUUCUCUGGUUUAGUUUCCAACUAUUAUUACGCAGAAUGUGUCUUAGGUUGCACUGGAUUUUCUAAGACUCGUUCAGCAUUGCAAUUUCUGUUUGGCUUUUUCCUUUUUUAUUUUGGUGCUCUUUAGUUCUAUUUCCCUCCCCUCAGAGUUAUUAGUUAAUGUCUUCUUCAUCUUGCUGUCUUGUGCAUUGUUUAUUAAAAGGCAAAAACCCAAAUCACAACUACAGAUCCAUAGAUCUCCACCACCACCAUACUUCUGUAUGAUUGACUGUCUGUGAAGCUCAGAUCAAGUGGAUUAUUGUCAUUGGCUUCUGUACAUGCUCGAUUGGCGUUUGAUCUCCUCGAUCAGCAGAUGUUUGAUCGGAUCGAUCGGCAGACGUCAGAUCGUCUUGAUCGGCAGACGUUAGGCCGGAUCGAUCAGAAGCAUUAGAUCGGUUUCUUGCAGCAUGGGGUUGUUUGGGUUCCAAAAUAAAAACAAAAGGCAGAUCUGUCUGUU